UUUAAAGGCGGCAGUUUGAGGAGCUCAGCAGGAUUUUUUUUCGAUCAGCUGCAGCUUUCAGAUCUGAUUUCAGGAUUCACGCAUCAUGAGGAGCAGAUGGAUUUCACUCUUCGGACUUCUGUUUGCUGUUUGUGCCGUCCAGGCGACCUACAGAUACUACUCAAUCCUGCGCUGUGAGUGCAAUGGCAGAUCUCAGUACUGCCUGCGAGACACCUUGGGUCUGCACUGCGUCGACUGUCAGGGAAACACCGAAGGCCGCCACUGUGAGCACUGCAAGGACGGCUUCUACAUGCAGGGGGCGGAAGAGAGCUGCUCGCCCUGCCGCUGCAACCUCUCAGGUUCCAUCAGUAAGUCAUGUGACAGCAGGGGGCGCUGCAGCUGUAAAGAAGGUGUCACGGGGGACAAAUGUGACCGCUGCCCCAACGGACCAAUCGGGCCAGAGGGCUGCCCACAAAGCCGUCAGCCCAGACAGGAUUCUGGGAGUUCCACCCUGUCGUGUUUCUGUUACGGCCACAGCAGUCGCUGUUCAGCACAAUCUGGUUACUCGGUGCACAAGAUCACCUCCACCUUCACCAACGGUCCCGAGGACUGGAAGGUGGCGACGAUGCACGGCAGCACCCCAGACGACAUAAACUUCCGCUGGUCACCAAAACACCAGGACCUGGAGGUGAUCUCUGAAAACAGCCUACCAGUUUACCUGUAUGCCCCAGAUCCAUACCUUGGGAACCAGCUCCUGAGUUACGGACAGAACCUCUCCUUUUCGUUGCGUCUGGACCGCGGGGUCCGAUACCCGUCUGUCAGCGACGUGAUCCUGGAAGGUGGCGGUUUAAGAGUGGCUGCCUCUCUGGGUGACCUGCGAUCCAUCGUCCCCUGUGGUCAGAAGAUCAGCUACAGCUUCAGGUUGGACGAGCAGCCCAGCAGCAAAUGGAGGCCUCAGCUCUCCUCCUUCCAGUUCCAGACGCUCCUCCAGAACCUCACGGCCAUCAAAAUACGAGCCACAUUUGGAGAGACCGGACGUGGUUAUCUCGAUAACGUGCAGCUGGUGUCUGCACUGCGUGGCGAUGGUGUCCCGGCUCACUGGGUGCACACCUGCAGCUGCCCGCCGGGCCACGAGGGCGAGUUCUGCCAGCGCUGCUCGGCCGGCUUCAAACGCAGCACCCCCGCAGACGGAGCCUUCAGCCCCUGCGAGCCCUGCAGCUGCAGAGCAGACAGCUGCGACCACACCGCAGACUGUUACUCUGCUGAUGAGACGCCUGCAGAUCAGAGCUGCUCCCAGGGCUUCUACAGAGAUCCGAGGCGGCCUGAGACCUGCGUGAGAUGCCCCUGCCCGGAGGACGUGUCCUGCUCGCUGCCUCCUGGUUCCCUGGAGCCUCGCUGUGAUGCAUGUCCACGGGGAGCCACCGGUCCACGCUGUGACGUUUGUCAGGAGGGUUUUUAUGGUGACCCCUCGGGUGUUGGAGGUGUGCAGCAUCCCUGCAGACCCUGCCAGUGCAAUGGUCACAUCGAUGUCAGAGUGCCGGGAAGCUGCGACCGCAGCAGCGGCGAAUGCCUGAAGUGUGUGAACAACACGAGGGGACAGCACUGCGAGGACUGUGUGAGAGGUUUCUACCACAGCCGGCUCACCGACGCCUGCAAACCGUGUAACUGCGAUGUCCGGCACUCAGAGUCCGAUCAGUGCGAUGCUUCAGGGCAGUGUCGGUGCAGAGCGGGCUUCGAGGGUCUGAGGUGCCAACGAUCCAGCUGCCCUGCCUGCUUCACCCCCAUCAAAGCAAAGAUGGAUGCUUACGCUGCCAAACUGAAGGAGCUGGAGGCUCUGUUCUCUGACACGGACGGAGGUUUGAAACCAGCUAACAGCGCUGAGGUAGAGGCCGCCCUGAUGGAUGCUGAGUACCUGGUGAACGACAUGCAGGAUGACACCAAGGAGCUCGCAGAGUUGGAGAAGAUGCUGCAGAGCCGCCUGUCGUCCAUCAGCAGGAUACAGCUGGCUGAGGAGCAGGACAUCCAAAACAUCGCAGACACAGCCGACAACAUCAAACAGCAGCAGCAGACGUACAAGACGAAGGUGGCCGAGAUCCAGACGCUGAUGGAGGACAUGAAACGCCAACUGGAGGAGGCCAAACGCAAACUCAGUUCAGCUGAGAUUCCUCUUAGUGAUGCUCCGUUGGGUUCAAAUGACAUGUCUUCACUGGUGAAGAUGGCUACCGGUCUGGCUGACAAACACAAGACGAUUGCAGGCGCUGUGGAGAGAACCGCCAAUGAGGCUCUGAGUGACUCGCAGGAGAGUCUGGCUCUGGUCAGAAAUCUCAUGAACAAAGAGAACAAAGUCAAAGAGCUGAUUGGUGAUCUGAAAACCAUGUAUGACCAGACCUCAGCUCAGGUAAAGGGUUUUGAGAACCAGGCGAAACGUCUGAGCAGCGAGGCCAGAGAUGAGAGCAAAAUGGCAGAUGGCAUGCUGAAAGACAUCGCCACCUUAGAGCAAAACCUCCCCUCAUCCCUGAAGGGGGAGAUGGAUGCGAUGCUUUCCAGGCUGGAUGGAGUAAAGAAGGCAGUGAAUGAGAACAUAAACGGCAUCGAUGGACUGCAGGACGCUGUGCUAAGAGACAAGGCCACUGCUGAAGACCUGUUGGCCAAUGGCAAGGCUGCCCAGCAGAAGUUCAAUGACCUGCUGGACAGAGUCAACAGUGCCAAAGCCAACACCGAGGGUGCCAUCAAACUCAUCAACAGGAACACUAAUGAGCUAGAAGAUGCCCUGAAAACCCUGAGAGGCUUCGACCAACAGAUUGGCAACAGCAAAAAUCUGGCCGAUGCUGCCAUCAAGCGUCUUCCCGGCAUCAAUGCCACCAUCCAGGAGGCUGUCCGUGAAAAUAUCGCAACCAUGUCCAUUCUGGGAGACGUUGAUGAGGACUACAACAGUGCACAAGAAUCUAUCACCCAGCUUGAGAAACUGGUCUCUGGUCUGGAGAGUGAAUUAGCAUCUUUGCCAUCUCAUGGCGGUUUACUGGAUGAAGCCACCAAACUGAACGGGGAAGCAAAGAACCUGAAAACAGCGGCAGAAGAUUUUGCUGGAGACCUGGCCUCUAAGCUGAAGAACGGCGAGAAGCUGAAGACUGACGCCUCAGAGGUGUCUUUGGGAGCAGCUGCAGCUUACAGCAAUGCCAGACAGACGCGAGAGGCCGUGGGACAAACUCUGCAAGAUAUCAACAAUCUGCUGGCCAACAUGAAUCAGUCCGGUCCUGUGGAUGAAAGAAAGCUGAAACAGGUGGAGGACAACUUGGCCAAGGCUAAGAGUAAUAUAGAAGAUAAUUUGAGGCCCCGGCUCAGGGACAUGGAGGACAAGGAGGCUGCCCACCGCCGCCGGCUCACCUUGAUUAACCAGGACAUCAACACCAUCCUGGAAGACAUCAGUAACCUGGAGGAGAUCCUGGGCUCCAUCCCCACAGGCUGCUACAACAGUCCCCCCAUCGAGGGGGCCUGAGGGGCGCCUCUUCACCUGUAUAGACUCGACCUGCUGAGACUUACUGCGAAUGUACAUCACUUUUGCGUUAUUGCACUUAACAAGUACUGAUGACCUUCCUUUGUCUGUAAUGCAUAAAUGUACUGAAUUAUUUAGAAUCCAUAUCUAACUUUUCCCUGAGGUCUGUGUAAUGAUUAUCAGCACAGUGUAAGGGCUCUGUCAUGGAGCACAUAGACCUGGGUAGCCUUUAUGAUAUUUGUUUAACUCUUAAUUAAUUUAAUUCACUUUAAUCUCAGAUUUAUGCACCUCUCAGUUCGGGUCUUGUUUUUUAAAUUUGAAAGGAAUCAUUUCCAGUUUCCAUUAACGUGUCCUUGAAUCGACACCGUAGAACAACUUAAAGUGUAAAUGAAGAAACACCUUAAAGGUUACUUUUCUUCACUGAAUGAUUUGAUUGAAAUAAACAGGUUCAUUUUUACACCUUAAAGGGCAGUUAAAGGAUCUUUACAGGUUUGUUUCAGGGAUAAUCAAGAACUAAUUAGUGCACUGGUGUUUCAUUAUAUGCUGAGUAGGGCCCGUCUACUGUUUUUAUAAAAAUAUAUUGUUUAUAUAUUCUAUAUGUGAAUAUAUGUGAAUGCUAUAGUAUUUCUAACUGUACAUACACUAUCAGUGUUUCUGACCAGCACAAAUAUUUAUAUAAAAAUAAAUGAUCAUCCAU